AUGCAACUUUCAGCUGGUGUUUUACAAUCAAUCGUCUUAGCUCUUUUUGCCUCUCAAGUAUCAGGUUCAGCAAUUCCAAAUGCAGAACAAUUAGUCUUGAACUAUAGAUCGCAUUUAUCAUUCCUUGAUCGUUACUAUGGUCCAAUUUUAGAUAAUUUGGGAGUUCAACAAGUCGCUAGCGUUGGUGGUAAGCCAAAAAAAUCACCUAUUCCAGUUUCAGAUGCUGCUUCAUUGUUGCUUGUCAAAGAUCAAUAUGACUAUCCGGACAAGGAUGAUUUAAGAGAUUUGAAUGGCUCAGCUGUCUUGUAUCGUGGUGGUGAGUUUGGUGGUGUGAACACUUUUGCACAUUUACCUUAUGUCGAUGCUUUUUCCUCAGAAUCCCUCGAGACUGAAAAAUUUGACAUUGCAGUUCUCGGUGCUCCAUUUGAUACAGGUGUCAGUUAUAGACCAGGUGCUAGAUUCGGACCAGAUGGUGUUAGAGCAGGUUCUAGAAGAUUGGCACCAGCAUAUUCAGUUUAUGAUGGGUUUGAUCCAUAUGGUAAUUGGGCUCGUGUCGUCGAUGUUGGCUCAGUUCCAGUUACACCAAUGGAUAACCGUGUUGCACUUGAUCAAUUGUACAGAGCUGAAAGGGCUGUUGGUAAAUACUCAACAACUGAUAAGAAUGCUUACAAGACACCAAAGAUUUUCACCAUUGGUGGUGAUCAUACCAUCACCUUACCUGCUUUGAGAGGUGCUUUUGAAAAUUGGGGUCAAAUUGCAGUGAUUCAUUUUGACUCUCAUUUGGAUACUUGGGAUCCAUAUUAUUUUGGUGGUAAUGUUACUGAGUAUCAAUCAAUUAACCAUGGUACUUAUUUGCAUUGGGCUCAUGAAAAAGGUCUGUUAGCUCCUGAUGCUUGUAUUCAUGCUGCUAUUAGAGGUCCAUACCCUGGUCCACAAGAUGUGAAACAUGAUAUUGAUUGUGGAUUUGAUAGAAUCUUGGCUCGUGAUAUUGAUAAACUUGGUGCUGACGAGAUCAUUAAGAGAAUCAAGGAGAGAGUUGGUGAUUAUCCAGUUUAUAUUUCUGUUGAUGUUGAUAGUAUGGAUCCUUCAACUGCUCCUGCUUCGGGUACUGUUGAGCCAGGUGGAUGGACAUCCAGGGAGCUCUUAACUGUUUUAGAUGGUUUAGAAGGUCUAAAAGUUGUUGGUGGGGACGUUGUUGAGGUUUCUCCACCUUAUGACACUGCUGCUGAAAUCACAUCCAUUGUUGCAGCUCAAGUUGCUGAUUCUAUCAUAUCAUUGAUGAUUAUGGAUUCCAAUAGAGAAGCCAAAGAAGCUGGAAAAAACUAA